CGGCACCCUAUUUUUAUUGUAACCACACACAGACAUUGUUAUUUGUUGAGGGUUGAAGUGCAGCACCCAGCAUUAAUGGCUGCUGGCCUGGCGAUUAAUCCAGGCUCCCGGGACCACAAAGCCGGGAUGAUCUCCACCGUCUACGGCGCCCACGUGAACGGCGUGGAUGAUGAUUUUGAGUAAAUCGGAAAAUGGAAGGGAUUUCGGCGGUGGUUUACAGAGGAAUCAGAGGCUACUGGCGGCGGCGGAGCUACCAGCGCCUCCGCGCCGGCGACGGCGACGGCGGCGCGAACCGGAGGCGGCGGUUGUGGAAAAUAAAACUGACGCCGCGGCUGAAGCUGAAGCUCCGAUUCUCGCCGAAGAAGUUCCUCCUAGGGCUGCGGGAUGCGUACGUUAGCAUGAUGAUGAGAGUCGCCACCACGCGCGCGAUCGGCGGCGGCAGCUACGGCGGCGAUGUGUUCGGAAUGAGAGCCGUUAAGGAGUACGACGAGCGGACGAUCGUCGAGAUCUACAAAUCGAUGGUGGUGGCGCAGGGACAGCUCGUCCCCCGCGACGCCGCCUGGAUUUGCUCCGGCGCCGCCGCCUGCCGACGGUAGCGAUGAAUUAAAUUAAAUUAAACCACGUGCUGUGUUUUUACUAGGGUUUGCAGUGAAGUGAAAUUAGAUCAAUAAUCAUGUUCUUGAUUCCAGAUUUUCAAUUCCAUAUCUUAUUUCUUA